AUGGGCUGUACUACAUCAAAGCCAGAAGAGGGUGCUACUGCGGUUCGAAAGAUUCAGUUGCCGCCCACCCUUCCCGAAGUCAAUUGGGAGAUCGAUCCUUCAUGGACUGAAUUUUUGAAAGAGCUGGAACAGAAGGCCGUUGAGGCAGGGGCACACGAUGAAUUCUGCGCCUCAUUUCAAGAAAUGCUGCCCAAGCUUGUGCGAGGGAAGUUGGCUGAAAACUUUCCCGAGUGUGUUCAAGGCGGCACGAUGCGAGAAAUGAGCAAUACAUCUGGGUUUCCAACUAGAGAUGCCUCUCCGUGCCAAUAUCCCACACAACAUGUCAUAACUCUUGACGACGUUGGCAAAGGCAUCUUGUACAAUCAAACAUUCAUUAUCGCCACGCCAUUGAGACCACAAGACGAGAAAGAUGGGCAGAGUCGCAUUGUGCCUGGUGCAACACUCGAUUCGACAGAGAUGUUCUACACAAAAAGCGCACUCGUAACUCACCUCGCUUUACUGAGCCAACAAGACCUCAACAUUAGGCAUGGUGUCAUUGACAUAUACAUGGGGGUGGACAAGAUUACCUGCAAACUUAAUCGGAACAAUACGGAACCUACCAUUGUUCCUGUGCCAUGCACUACAUCACAGGAGUUCCAGGCGCUUACCAAAUGGAUGGUAAAGCAGGUCAAGACCCAUGCGGACGAGAUUCGGGGGAUGUUUCGGCCGUACUUGUUCAGAAUGACAGUUCGAACAGGGGCAAAUGGCCCUCACGGCUGCACGGUCUGGGACGAAGGGAAGCUUCCGUUCUCAGUUAACGGCGUUCCAUAUCAAUUUCCCACGAGGUUACUUGUCGUGAGAGACUACAACAACAUGACAAAGGGAGUCGAAGCAGCUCAUUUCAUGGUGAAUGCCAAGGAUACUACCCCAGAGGACAAGCCUUCAGUGUUGUUGAGAAACUUGGAUCCCACUAAGAAUCCGGGCGGCGUGCUCGCCAUCACUUUGGUAGUGGCGAUCAAUCCAGAAGUCCUCUGGCCGAAACUCGGCGCAUAUGCCAAAACUGCUGCCUUCAAGGCAGCCGAGCAGGCGUUGCUAGACCAUGUGAAACAACUAAACAGAGAAGGCAAGGUUCAACGAUGCGACGCGUAUGUAUCAAUGGGAGUGGACUUGUCGCAGCACAAGUUUGUAGGCGACGAGAUGCCUUUCACUAUCCCCGCGGACAGCCAAAGCACCCUUAGCCGGGCAGAUGGAAACAAGAGCCUAGAGACAGACUUCCACGUCACAUUGGAAGAACAACCAAAGCACACUCUCUUCCAGUCUGAAAGCGAAUUCCAAGCCGUCAAAGAGGUUAUGCGACAGCGAGCUCGAGAGGACCCUGAACGCAACCGCACUCUCCAGAUGAUGAUCGGUCCCAUGAUCGCAAAGCAGUUCCUGGAGGUGAACUACCCGCAUUGCGAAAUUACAGACGAAGGGGAGUUUCCGGCAGUGUUGCCAGAUGGAAUUGAAAUGCAGAUUUGCGAUACAAGGCUCGUUGUGGCGAGAGAUCCGAAGCAAGAGCCCAAGAGUGUCGUUGCUGCUAUACAUGUUGUGCCGUGUCCAGACGGACCAGAUGGCGAGUUGACUGUUUUAAGUGACAAGGUGUGGUUGGACACGAAGGAGAUGAAGGGAGCCGAGUUUGCGUUGCUGGGCUUGUUGAAGAAAUGGUAUAAAGAGGGGAAGGUUUCUGAGGUGGAUUGCAUGGCUCAAGUUAUGAUGGCUAAGGACGCCUCGAUUUACAAGUUUGUGGAUGGUGAGAGAUUCGAAGAUUAUAGCGAUGAGAGGAAUAAGGCGUUUAUUUGGCCUGGGACAGCGUAA